AUGGAUUCCCUUUAUCCAUCUACGUUUCUCUCUCUUCUUCCGGUCAUCAUAUUCUCAAUAGAUAACAUCAAAAUAGCUGCAACUUUUUGCCUCACGUCUUCUUCUCAUGAUGACGUCAUCAAGUCUUUUGCAGCAUCUCCCGAGAAGCUCCGCCCACUUUUCUUCGUCUCCGUCGUCUUCGUUAUUUCGGACGAUCAAGGACAAAUGUUACUACAGCUACUACCGCUUCUGAUACUUCUGACAACGUCAGAUUUCGUGAACGGUUGUGUUUACAAAGGAGAGAAAUAUAAGAGUGGAGAUACUUGGGUCGCCCGUUCUACAUUUGUUCUUCGAUGUGAAAUCACAAAAAAUGGAUGGAAAACUACAGUAGUCGGAUGCCGAACUGAGGAAGGUGUCCAAGUGUUGCCGGGUCAGACAGUUCACGAGAGAAAUACGAAGUACGAAUGUAUCAAGGAAAAAGAUGGAACUGUCGAGAUCAGAAGAACAUUGAAUAUCAAGAGAAAGAAGAGUUGUGGAGAUCAUUCGAUCGGAGAUUCAUGGGUAUUCGAGAAGAGUUUCAUGGCUAGAUGCACGGAGAAAGGAGUUCAAAUCUCGGAUUGUAUUUCUGAUUCUGGAAUUCCUGUUCCAUUGAACGGAUCUUUGGUUUUGAGUGGAGUCAAAUAUGAUUGCGUGAUGGAUUCAAACGGGAAAGUUUCACUUCACAGAGAUGCUGCUCCACAACAAAAUGUAGCUCAGAGAGCAACAACGUUGAGUCCGGUAGAGAUCCUUGGUCCAAUGUUCAAGAACUUUGGAGCCAUGGAUGUUGAUGAUCUUCUCUCAUCAAAGCCUGCUGACCCUGUUCAAGAAGUUCCAGCCGCUGAGCAAAUGAUGGAGAGUCCGGAGACUACCUGUGAUUUCGAAGGGGCGAAUAGAAAGGCUGGGGAUGUUUGGGUUUCUGACGGAAUCUUCACAAAGAAAUGCACUGAUGAUGGAGCCACAGUUAUUCUGAACUGUAUCGUUGAUGACAAGACAAUAAUCAAUGUGGAUACUGAAUUAACACUCGGAAAGAAGGACAAGAGUAACGAAAGCACGAAUCGUAAAAUAAAAUUAACAAUGCGAUUGACUUCUUUGGUUGGAAUCCUGAUUUCAAACACCGCUGAAUACCUAAGACGAGAAAAUCAUGAUUCUCCAGAGAUUAAAGAUAGUUGA